AUCACGAAUAAUUUUCCUUGGCUAACAAUACUUGUUGUUUUGCCGAUAUCCGUCGGCUCUUGCAUUUUUUUUCUUCCUUAUAGAGGAAAUAAGAUGUUCAGGUGGUAUGCUAUAGGUAUUUGCUUGUUAGAACUCCUUUUAAUGACCCACGUUUUCUGUCAUCAUUUCCAAUUGGACGAUCCAUUAAUCCAAUUGGAAGAAGAUUUUAAAUGGAUAGAUAUUUUUGAUUUUCACUGGAGACUGGGAAUCGAUGGACUUUCCAUAGGACCCAUUUUACUGACAGGAUUUAUCACCAGUUUAGCUACUUUAGCAGCUUGGCCAGUUACUAAAAAUUCACAAUUGUUCUAUUUUCUCAUGCUAGCAAUGUACAGCGGUCAAAUAGGACCAUUUUCUUCUCGAGACCUUUUACUUUUUUUCAUGAUGUGGGAGUUAGAAUUAAUUCCUGUUUAUUUACUUUUAUCCAUGUGGGGAGGAAAGAACCGUCUCUACUCGGCGACAAAGUUUAUUUUGUACACGGCGGGGGGCUCCAUUUUUCUUUUAAUAGGAGUUUUGGGUAUGGGUUUAUAUGGUUCUAAUGAACCUACAUUAGAUUUUGGAAAAUUAGCUAAUCAAUCAUAUCCUGUGGCAUUGGAAAUAAUAUUAUAUUUUGGAUUCCUUAUUGCUUAUGCCGUCAAAUUGCCGAUUAUACCUCUACAUACUUGGUUACCCGAUACCCAUGGAGAAGCACAUUACAGUACAUGUAUGCUUCUGGCUGGAAUCUUAUUAAAAAUGGGAGCAUAUGGACUUAUUCGAAUCAAUAUGGAAUUAUUAUCCCACGCUCAUUCCAUAUUUUCUCCCUGGUUGGUAAUAAUAGGAACUAUUCAAAUAAUUUAUGCAGCUUCGACCUCUCUCGGUCAACGGAAUUUGAAAAAGAGAAUAGCCUAUUCUUCUGUAUCUCACAUGGGUUUUACAAUUAUAGGAAUUGGUUCCAUAACUGGAAUCGGGCUCAAUGGUGCUAUUUUACAAAUACUCUCUCAUGGAUUUAUUGGUGCUGCACUUUUUUUCUUGACGGGAACGACUUGUGAUAGAAUGGGUCUUGUUUAUCUCGACGAAAUGGGGGGGGUAUCGAUCCCAAUGCCAAAACUUUUUACCAUGUUCAGUAGUUUUUCAAUGGCUUCUCUUGCAUUGCCGGGAAUGAGUGGUUUUGUUGCAGAAUCAUUAAUUUUUUUUGGAAUAAUUACUAGUAAAAGAUUUCUUUUAAUGUCAAAAAUACUAAUUACUUUUGUAAUGGCAAUAGGAAUGAUAUUAACUCCUAUUUAUUUAUUAUCUAUGUUACGUCAGAUGUUCUAUGGAUACAAGUUAUUUCAUGUUACAAAUUCUAAUUUUUUGGAUUCUGGACCACGAGAACUAUUUGUUUCAAUAUGUAUCUUUUUACCCAUACUAGGGACUGGUAUUUAUCCCGAUUUCAUUCUCUCGUUAUCAGUUGAUAGGGUACAAGCUAUACUAUCUAAUUAUUUUUAUCGAUAG